UUGCUUUCCUGAGGGAGGGGAAGAAGUGGAUCACAAGUGGGGGCGGUUGAAUAACACAAAACAACACGGCUGUGGAGAGCUGUGGACUCACAUGUCCGAGCUCCCCUUUUCCCUUCCUCCUUUCUCCCCCCCCCUCUUUUUUUUUUCUACCACCACCAUCACCACCAUAGUCGCGGGUGCCAGCUGAGGACAGUCGACCGAGGAAGAGCGCACGUCAGCGGACACCUGAGCGAAAAGCCUCGGUGAGAGCCCGUUGGAGCUCUGCUGUCUGACAUGAUGGACUCCCCCUCGGACCUCUUCGAUGAUUCCAACCCGCAAGUCCACCCGUUUGCCCCCCAACUCCUGUCGGCAGAAGUGCUCGGAGGGCUUCAAGGUGGAGGCCGGCCUCCUCCGAACGCCUUCAGACCACUCGGCUUCCCCCUCAUCCAGCAGCACCUCAGCCAGUCCUGCAGAACCCCUCGCGGCCCGCCAAGCGCGCACCUGGCCGUGGAGCGAGAAGAGACAGAGGGCCAGGAGGGCUUGUCGACUGACGACGAGGGUAAGAAGCGAGCGGGACCCCAAUGGAGUCAGGAUUUGGCGAGGUUGAAGAGGAUGAAGCUGGAGGAGGGUGGCGCGAGGCGUGGUGGGGGAGGGAGGGAGCUGAGGAGGAGGAGGAGAGCGGAGCUGAAGGAGCAGCUGGAGGAGGCCAGGGAAAGACUGCAAGCCCUGCAGGAGAAAGUGCUGAGGGCCUUCGGGGAGAGCAACACAGACGAACAGGAAGGGAAAAGGAAUGGAAAUGGAAAAAAUGCGGAGGACGAGGUCACAGCCGAGCGGAUGUUUGACGACGACGACGAGGAACUCGAUGGAGGUGCUGCGGAAAACGAGCCCCUCUGUCUUAUCGCCCCUUUUUAUAGCUUCAAGGAAAGUGAAGAGAAGCAAAGAGAUGGCGCGAGGACGCAGCGAGGACGAGGUGAAGGUGCGACGGAGGGAGUGGGCCUCUGGUUGGACUGGGAUGGAGGGAUAAAAGAUGAAGACGACGAGGGGGGGCACAAGUUCGCCCAGGCUUUGAAGCUGGAGCUCGGCAGCGCCGUGGCCAGAGUCAUCGACCGCGUCCUCCGGCUAUACACCGACCCGUCCUGUCGCCAAGCCGGCGUGGAAGACCGAGAGGCGAGAGUGGAGGACGAGGAGAGGCCAGGUGGGAAUGAUGAAGAAAGAGAAAGACCGCUUCAAACCAUGAACAGCCUGCCUCCUCAUGGCAUCCAGAACACAGAUUUGGCCUUGCCACCGGUGGCGCUAAAGUCACCCGACCUCCAGAAGGCACGCCCCUUUCUCAGCCCGCCUCUGCCAAGUCACCCCGACCUUUCGCUGCAUCUCCCUCGACCUCCGUUGCUCUUAGCCCCGGCGCCCCAACCCAAGGAGCCCUCCUCUGCCCAUCCGCCCUCAUCUUCCUCUUCAUCCUCCUCUUCCUCAUCCUUCCCCGCCCCUCCUCUGGCCCUCCCGCUGCUCCACUACUCCAUGCAGCAGCUUUUCUCCCGCUCGCUCCACCAACACCCGCAGAUGCCCCCUCUUCCCCCGUCGUCCCGCAAGGAUUUCCUCAACUCCGACCCCUUCCUGGAGUUCCCCACACACCCUUCCUUUCCCCCGCUGCCCCUACUCGGUCAUUUGGGGCCGUCCCUUAUGCGCCACGCUCAUGGCGGCAGAGAGAGGGGAGUGAGGGGAGGUGGGAUGAUGGAUGGAGGAGAGCUUUUCCUGAGCUCAGGAGGAGUAUACACUCAGGAGGGUUUGUCUCCUUGCCACCUGAAGAAAGCCAAACUCAUGUUCUUCUACGCUCGCUAUCCCAGCUCCAACACUCUCAAGACAUACUUCCCUGAUGUCAAGUUUAACCGCUGCGUGACCUCCCAGAUGAUUAAGUGGUUCAGCAACUUCAGAGAGUUCUUCUAUAUCCAGAUGGAGCGGUUUGCACGGCAGGCUGUCCGUGAGGCUUUAACCCGGGAUGGUGCACCUCGCUUGGGUAGAGAGAGUCAGCUGCAAGUGGGCCGGGAUACAGAACUUUACCGCAUACUCAACAUGCAUUACAACAAAAGUAACAUCUACCAGGUCCCGGAAAGGUUUAUAGAAGUGUCUGAGGUGGCCCUGAGGGAGUUUCACUCAGCCAUUUGGACAGGCAGAGACAGUGACCCCUGCUGGAAGAAAGGAAUAUACAAAAUUAUCUGUAAGCUUGAUAGUAGCGUACCAGAUGCCUUCAGACUGCCCGGUUGUCCAGUCGGCUAAUUAUAAUCAAGGUUUUGGGUUUUUUUUCCUAAAUACUGCAAUGCCUUGAGAUAUGAGUAAGACUCGUCACAAGUUAUUUCAAGGAAUGAGUCAAACUGCCUUCACAACAAGCAAAAGGUUGGCAGAUAGUGAUCGAUUACAAAACAAUUCUCUCAGGCAAAUUACUGCGGCUUACUGAGGAGUUGGGACCAUCUUCAUUGAUGUCUGUAUAAUACUGCCCCCAGGUGGCCAAGGCACAGACACACCAGAGGGCGCUGCACAAUUACAGUAAAUUAAUAAUCAUAAUGCACAAACUGUUCAAUUCCGGUUGAUUGUGUUUACAAUAUGUUUUUAAUAAAAUACAAUAUUUCAUAAUGUAUUUUUUUGAAAGGCUGGAGAGAAUUAAUGACAUUUCCAUUCAUUUCAGUGGUUAAAGGCGAUUUAAUUCAACUCUUAUCUCAAGGCACCACUGUAUGAACAUACAUGCAUGAUUAAAUGUGUUCCGUCAGACAUAUAAGACGAGUUUCAACUCUACAUUUGAAGUUUAAAACCAUACGGGUUUCCGUCAUGCUGUUUUCACACACUUUCGUCCAGUCUCUGUUUUUAUUUUAUUUUUUUCCCCCCAAUCUUUGUAUGUAUUGUAUUUUGUAAGACGUUUAGGAACUACUGGAGCAAGAUGAGGGAAAUUAAUUAGAGUGGAUUGAUAAUCAAAAUGUCUGUUCACUGGAACAAUAUAUUUUAAAUGGUGUAAAAAAAUGAAACAAAGUCUAAGUGGGCUCGGCCUGCCGCUAUUUGGGUUGUGGCUCCUCAAUUUGUUUUUGUGAGAUCUUAUUUGUGGCGUAUCUUCAAGUGCAUGUGUAUAAUAUUUGGGUUUGAAUUGUAACCUGUUGCUUUCUGUUCCAAAUCUACAGUGAGACUAUUCUUGAAAUCUGUGCCUCAUUCAAACACACUUGCAAAAUUUAAUGUUUAAUAUGAGCAACAAACUAGAAUAAAAAAAAGUCAGGCGUG